GUGCAACCCUGGUUCUUUUCCAGAGCAUAGGAAACUUGGAAAUAUGACUGUGACCGUGAAGAAGACUGUCCCCUCCCCCGAGGCCGUGCAGAUUCUCUACCAGCGAAUGAGAUACGAGUAUGAGUUCUACCACUACGUCAAAGAGCAGUUCCACCUGCUGAAGCGCAAGUUUGGACUGAAGUCCCACGUCAGCAGGCCCCCUCUGAGGCCCCAGUUCUUUAUCCCAACUCCCCUGGAAACCGAGGAGCCGAUCGAUGACGAGGAGCAAGAUGACGAGAAGUGGCUAGAAGAUAUUUAUAAGAGAAACCAACAAGUCUCUCUAGAGUUUUUUCUUCGUUCACUAAAAUUGGAUGGUAGCCAAGAUAUAAAGCAAGUCCUUUGGAACCUGUCGAGUGAGCACUAAAGCUACUUUAUCAUGAGAUGUACUGAGAAGGCUCCGCCCCACAGGAGUCCAGCGAAGGCUGGGACCACAGAGGCACAAAAUCCAGCAUUUGGCCACUGGUGGGCCUCCUUUCUGCCUCAGAGAACUGGGGCAGAGAUGUGCUUAAGAAAAAUUUUCUUAGAAGAGGAAAUAUCCUUUGUCCUGUUGAGAGAGGCCAGGGCCCUACCAUUAGGCCUACCUUAAAAAGCAGCACAGAGAACCGCUGUCCUAUUGAAAACAAAAAACAAGAACGACAGCCUGGUACACGGUGAGUCAUUUCUCUGAAACUGCAUAUAAAGAAUGAUAAUUAGUUCACACACUGUGCAAGCUCACUCUCUGAAAAUAAAAUCGAAUUGGCUUCGUGGUCUCUCUUUGUCAGAACAUCAGGACCACUGGUCAUGUUAGCAAUGCAUCAUCCUCCGAGUUCACACGAGCACUGGGUGUCCAAAGGCAUUUAUUGUCAGCCGUGAUCCUGACAACAUCCCAGCAAAAGAUGCUGACGGACUCACUUGCAGGGCCUUACUGUUACUCCGUCCCAACAAAUAGCCUCUACGUCCUGAAAGUCAAGGCACUUCAUCAGUUUAUUGGCACACAUAACAACAUUUCUUUGGCCCUGAGCCCAACGCAGUUUGUACUUCAUGAAAUAUAUUGUACAUUUUACAUAGUUUAAUUUAAAAAAUACAUUUUAAGCUGGUUGAUCUUUGACUGCCUUAUUUAUUAUAACCUUUCAGCACAUUCCAAGGUUUUAGUUACUCAGGAAGGAGUUAAUUAAAAUGAUUUUUAUUUUGGUCUGAUGGAUGUUUUUUAAAAGGAAAAUUAUUAUUAUGAACCUUCAGCCUACUUUCCUUGAGUGCCGUAAAAGUGCUUGUAAAUCUUUUUUUUUUUAAGAAGAAGAAAGAAAAAAAAAUGGUGUUUGACAUGGAUGGAAAUUCAAAAAUAUAUAUGGAACUGAAACAUUAGCUUAGCUAAAAUAAAAGCAAUCCGUGUUUGAGAUGAAGUGUUCCUUAACUUAUUCAUUAUCCAUAUAAAUAAAUGAGUAUAAAUAA